UUUAAAAAAGGCGAUGUGACAGCUGCAAUGUUCCCAUCUGACCAAUGCAAGCCUUGCAAUGGAUUUAUUGCGCGCUGUACCGGCAGGGAUCUAAAAUGACACUUUUAUUUUGCAAAACUGCUUUACUUUUGCAUCAGAAUAUUUAAGCUGCAGACCUUAUCAAAAACAAUUGUUGCACACCAGCGAUCUUCACCCUCAUAGCAAGUCUGGAGGAGCAAGGGAGAACUUGCGUUGAUGCUAAAAAAAAAAACACAUUAAAGAAUAGAAGAAAAAAUCCUUCCAUCACUGUGUAGCCUACAUAAUGCCAGUACUGACCAGCCCAGAGAUUGCCACCAAAUUCAAGGAAAAGUGGAUGAUGCUUCACCCGGAAGACCAGGACAACUUUAACGGCUCUGUGAACCUGGACGAUAGCCUCACCAGCCUCCAGUGGCUGCAGGACUUUUCCAUCCUCAACGCUAACCUUGAGAGACCCCCCAGCUCCGGCUACCACCCUCACCACCAGAUACACCCCCAAUUCCACCAGAAGCACUUCCACGUGCCGGGCGCGGAUGCCCCAGCCAGCCCGCCCGCUGGCGACACAGCGGCUACUGGGAUGCCCCUCAGCCUGGGUAACCCCACCUCGGCCUCCACCUCCAGUAGAUCCUCGCCCGGUGGGAGUACCAGCUACCUGCAGCAACAAGCAGCCCACAGCCACCACACUUCUGCCCCUAUGAGCCCGCCUGAAGAGAUCGACUACAAGACGAAUGCACAUGUUAAGCCCCCUUAUUCGUACGCUUCCCUUAUCUGCAUGGCAAUGCAAGCCAGCAGGAAAACCAAGAUCACCCUCUCGGCCAUCUACAACUGGAUAACCGAUAAUUUCUGCUAUUACAGACACGCCGAACCCAGCUGGCAGAACUCAAUCCGCCACAACCUGUCGCUCAACAAGUGCUUCAUGAAGGUGCCCAGGCAGAAGGAUGAGCCUGGCAAGGGCGGCUUCUGGCAGAUCGACCCGCAGUAUGCUGACAUGUUCGUCAACGGCGUCUUCAAGAGGAGGCGCAUGCCUGCCACUCACUUCAACCCCCAGUACCAGAGCAAGGUGUUGCCCGUAUCCGAGGCCUCCUGCAGCCCUCCGGGUCACAGCUAUCUGCAUCAGCCCACGAGCGGGCACCAGAUGGGCAUGAACCACAUGGGCACCAACCACCACCACACCCAGACUGGCUUCAUCUCCCCGGCGGAGGUGCACCGGCCGGGCAGCAAGCGCAAGCAGCCUGUGCCCAAGAGGAAUGGCAAGGUGGCUCGCAGCUCCAAAUCGCCCCUGCUGGCACAGGAGAUCAAGGAGACGGAGGCCCUGAAAGGGGACUUUGACUGGGCGACCGUAUUCGAUGAAGUCUUCAACGGAAAUGGCAGCAACUUCGAAGACUUGGACAUUAACGCAGCCCUCAGCUCCCUGGGCUGUGAGCAGCUGGACCUCACCAUUCAAGGACACCACAUUAACACCAACAGCAAGUGGUGCACGGCCAGCAUGGAGCCGCAGUGCAGCUUUGCAGAGGUCAGCGGUACUAAUCUGCAGUUUCAGCAGCAGCAGCAGCCACAGCAUUUCGAAGAGUUCACUUUCUUCUCAGACCCCCCGCGACACCCCUGGGAGGAGAUCAAGGAAGAGGUGCAGGCCAUCCCUUUGAAUUUCGACCAGAGCUUUAACUUCUGCGAAAGCUUUUUCAACGAAAUGCAGCAGUGGGAGAGAGUCGAAGCCUAUCUGUGACAUCCCGCCCAUCCUUUUCCCAAGUUAAAGGACACAGACUAAAGUUUUGCUACAUUAGCAUCUUAAGCUCUUUGAUUAUAGAGCACUGACAGGAAGGCACCAUGUUUGUUUUUGUACAAGUGAAACUACAGAUGCUUCUUUUCUAUUUUAUUUUGUAAUAAGUUGACUGAAGCCGUACCACUGUCAGUGGUUCCAGUAGCAAAGCAAGUCGUAAAAGGCUUGCAUAAUGUUUGUUCAUUGAUCAAUUACCAGAUUGGUACCACCCCACUAACGAAGCAAAUUAAGUUGCUGUACAGGAACAGGGAGAAGCGAGUGAAAGCCUUCCUGAUUGUACAGAACGGAUGCUAAUUAGAUGUCGCAUGCACUUGCCACUUUGAAAAAAGAAAAUGCUGUUGCAUUAGUGAGGAGGACAGCAAGCUAAUGAUCAAAUCAAGGAUAUAUAUAUAUAUAAUAUCAUGUUUUUGAAAUUUGUUGGGAUCUAAGUACAGUACCAGUUGUAAUGCCUAGCCCUUUAGACUCUAUUAGAAGUAUUUUGGCCAUUGAAGAUAAAUAAUGCAAUACACUGUAUAAUAGCUGUGACUGUGACUGCUGAGGCUAAUUGCUGUUUAAUAAAGUACUGAUGCAAGGUCAUUCAUAGUUACGUCACCCUUAUAUUCAGUGAUGCGUUCCACAGCUGAAGGCCCCACUCCAGUCUAAUCUAAAUGCAGCUUCAGUGUGGACUGCAUCAAUUCUUCGAGGGGUGAUGCUGCUCAAGUCUCUGAUGCUUUGUACAGAGCUCCAAGCCUUUCUUACUAGUUUAUUGCAUUUAUGUAACGCUAAUGUUUGUGCGUUUUAAAGUCUUUGAGUGCGCGGAGUGUUAAAUUUCAGGUACUAAAACUGACUUUAAUGAUAAAAAGUAUAGAAACUUGAGCUUCUAGGCCCUACAAUUUUGUGCGGUAACCAGUAGAUAAUCCCAUCGGCUCUGCACUCUGAUUCUAGGCUAGUUUGUAACUCAGAUUGCUGUCCUGCAGCAUACAGCCUUGACUUCCACUAUGUACGACUACAACUAAAAACGAAAGAAAAUGGCUGGGCAAUAAUAUAAAAGUACUUCAUUAGAAUAUUAUUAUUAUUCAAAUUAUUAUUAAGAAUAUUAUUGUUGUUGUUGUUGUUGUUUAUGUUUUAGUUAUUUUUGCAAUUAGAGUCAUGUUAAAUGUAGUUUUGUGGAUUUCUUUUUAAUUAAUGUGAGUGUGAGGUACUGUACUUUAUCAGAACAUGUUAUUGUGGGUGGUGUUUAGAAUGGACAGUGUUUUCUUAUAAGAUUUGCCCUGAUUCACAAGACCACGCUAAACUGAACUUACACUGACAACCCUGGGAUAACAUAUAGAUCUCUAGGAUUGUCUAGAGUUAAUGUUCCAGGGACUUGAUGGGAUGAAUUGAUGGCUUGGUCUAUGCAGAAAUGUAUUUCUUUGUGGAGAUGAGUCCUGACCCUUGACAAUACUCCUACAGAGUUUUCAAGACUGUUCUGGCAUUCUACAGUUAUCGCCAUUAUGUUUUAAACAUUCAUUUCUCUGUGGGAAAAAGAGACUCUAUAAAGGUUAACACUGCUCCCAGAUUUUACUGCAGGUUAUAUUGCGAUCUGUAUGCUUCCAUUGAAAAAAAAAAAACAGGGUUUGCUGGAAGCUACAACACAGAUUGUCUGAGAAAAGCAUGUGUGGACUCAUUAUUGGCAUAGCUGCUUCUGUUUUCUUCUACAAAAGAAUAAUGCCUGGACUGUGGGAUUCCUGCAGCCAAAAAAUACUUUAAAUGAUAUAUAUAUAUAUAUAUAUAUAUAUAUAUAUAUAUAUAUAUAUAUAUAUAUAUAUAUAUAUAUAUAUAUAUAUAUAUAUAUAUAUGGAGGGUUGGGUUGUUAAAAAAAAAAUCUAAGAAAAAAGUUUAUAAAUAUGGUGUGUUUGUUUGCUGGGGUCACUGUCAAUUACUGACUUAAUGAAGCAUGUCACCAAUGUGUGCAAUCUCACAUUUUGUAUUCAAAAGCUGUAUGAAAGACCUCACUGCAAUAAAUAUUGUGGGUUUUAAAAAA